UUAGUCGCGAGCUGUGACGCCCGACAGAAUUGCGUGGCGUCCUCUACUACUGCCCCGCCCUUUAUCGGUUUAUCUUCUUCACUGCUCACCACCACAUCGAUUCUUCUGCUUGAAUUGCAAACGCCUGCCUGGAGAAGAAUAGAUGGCUGCUGCUGCUGCUGCUGUUUCUGCUUCUCUUUGUUUUCCUAUCUAUGGAAACCGGGAUUCAUGGAAAAUUGGGCUCUUGCCGAAGCAGUUGAGGCGGCUUCAGCAGCUCUCUGUUCGCUCUGAUUUGGACUCAAAUGUUUCCGACAUGAGCACCAACGCUCCAAAAGGUUUAUUUCCUCCCGAGCCGGAGCGUUAUCGAGGGCCGAAGCUAAAAGUGGCUAUUAUUGGAGCAGGGCUAGCUGGAAUGUCUACUGCAGUCGAGCUUUUAGAUCAAGGCCAUGAGGUUGAUAUUUAUGAAUCAAGGCCUUUCGUAGGUGGAAAAGUGGGAUCUUUUGUGGACAGAAAGGGAAACCACAUUGAAAUGGGGCUUCAUGUUUUCUUUGGUUGCUACAAUAAUCUCUUUCGAUUGAUGAAAAAGGUAGGUGCUGAUAAAAAUCUGCUUGUGAAGGAUCAUACUCACACUUUUGUUAACAAAGGGGGUGAAAUUGGUGAACUUGAUUUUCGGUUUCCAAUUGGAGCACCGAUUCAUGGAAUUCUUGCAUUCUUGACGACAAACCAACUCACGACUUUUGACAAAACAAGAAACGCUCUUGCGCUUGCCCUUAGUCCAGUUGUAAAGGCUCUCGUUGAUCCAGAUGGAGCAAUGAUUGACAUAAGAAAUCUGGACGAUAUAAGCUUCUCGGAUUGGUUCCUGUCCAAAGGAGGGACGCGCAUGAGCAUCCAAAGGAUGUGGGAUCCCGUUGCCUAUGCCCUGGGGUUCAUUGACUGCGACAAUAUAAGUGCUCGUUGUAUGCUUACUAUAUUCUCCCUUUUUGCCACCAAAACCGAGGCUUCUUUGCUCCGCAUGCUUAAAGGUUCUCCGGAUGUUUAUUUGAGCGGUCCAAUCAAACGGUAUAUCAUUGAGAAGGGAGGCAGGUUCCAUAUGAGAUGGGGAUGCAGGGAAGUUCUUUACGAUAAAUCCUCUGAUGGAAGUGUAUAUGUCACUGGGCUAGCUAUAUCAAAGGCUACUGAGAAGGAAACUGUAAAAGCUGACGCUUACGUCGCAGCUUGCGAUGUUCCCGGAAUUAAAAGAUUGCUUCCGAAGAGCUGGAGGGAAUUUCAGUUCUUCGACGAUAUCUAUAAACUGGUCGGAGUCCCCGUCGUUACUGUGCAGCUGCGAUACAACGGCUGGGUUACCGAAUUGAGAGACUUGGAGCUCGCGCGGAAAUCGAUGAAAGCCGUGGGUCUCGAUAAUCUCCUCUACACUCCGGACGCAGAUUUUUCUUGCUUUGCCGAUCUCGCACUCGCUUCCCCGGAGGACUAUUACCUUGAGGGUCAAGGCUCAUUACUCCAAUGUGUACUUACGCCCGGGGACCCUUACAUGCCUCUAACAAAUGACGAAAUUAUAAGGAGAGUUUCGGAGCAGGUGACUGAACUCUUUCCAUCUUCCGGGGGGCUGGAAGUCAUUUGGUCGUCGGUGGUUAAACUUGCGCAGUCUUUGUAUCGGGAAGAACCCGGAAAAGAUGCUUUCCGACCUAAUCAGAGGACGCCGGUGGUGAACUUCUUCCUCGCGGGCUCGUACACUAAACAGGAUUACAUAGACAGCAUGGAAGGGGCGACUCUGUCCGGACGACAGGCGUCUGCCUACAUAUGCGACGCUGGAGAAGCGCUCGUCACGUUGCGACAGAAGAUCGCCGCCGCCGUGGAACUUCAAGAAGCAGGUAGUGUGGAUGAGUUGAGCCUUGUUUGAUUCGAGGAAAUUCAGGUUGUGGAUAGAUUACUGCUUUGAUGUGAACUCAGAAACUAUAUGUAAAGAUUGGAGAAGAUGUAAUUCAAAUGUGUAGCCAUUUAUUUCUGGAAAUUUCCGGAUAUAUUGAUCUUCUUUCUAUCUAUAUGUUCUUGUUAAGAAGAUGUGUGCUUCUACGAAGCAUUUUCUGGAA